AUUUUAUCUAACAGAAGUCCCUCUCGCAUGAACAGGGGGUUGCAGACAUGCAGGUUCGGAAUGGCUUGAAAUCUAGUGGACAAGUCUACUUUGAGUUCUACUUUGAGUCUUUGACAAAUCUUUGACAAAUUUCUUUUUGAUAAUAACAACCCUUCUCAGGCGUUGAAACGUGGAAGCUCACGUUUUAUUCAUUUUACUAAUGAUGAUUAAUAACCCCCCACGACCGUCUCGGCAACCCAAGCUACGAUCUAGUUGCGAUGGGUGUGGCUCUGCAAAGCUCAAAUGCGAUCGAGGCCAGCCUGAAUGUGGACGAUGUGUGUCUCUUGGCAUCACCUGCGUCUAUGGGGUCUCGCGGAAAAUGGGUAAACCACCAAGAGAAAGGUUACAGAUUCCAGCCAUGAUAGGCGGGCCUCGCACAACAGGAGAGCACCACAGAAGUAGAAAGGAGAGUGGGCCCGACGACAGUAGUUACAGCCGUCGUGCAGGUAGUUCCAUUAGUGACACUAUCUUACCGAGGACCAAUUCGAGUUCGAGUAUCAAUGAUAUACACUCGGCUUGGGGGGCAGCCGAGGAAUAUUCCAGCCAUGCUAUGACGAGUGUUAGCGUGCUGGAUGAAUUCCAUAACGACCAAUUGGGGCCACCGCUCACGAAUUUCUCAUCUCUGGAUAUGAACGAAUGGGUUUUGACGAACAUCAUUAGGGACGAACCCUCAUCCACCAAUCUAGAGACCGAGCCAUUCCACUUGGGAUGGCCAGAGCUUGAAAGCUCCCCGGCUUCAACAGGGCAAACAACAGGGGCUCAUACUCCGGGGGAUGACAGAAUAUAUCUAGACAGCCCCUUUAUGCAACAUGACGACGCCAAGAAUCACGACUGUACCCGGGAGGCGUACGAGAUUUUGAAUAGUUUAUCUUCCCUGAACAUCAGCAAAGCACACUCCAGAACUACGCCGCCACCAGGCACGACGGCCACCUCCAUAAAUUGCGUCCCCCUGGAUUUUAUAUUACAACUUAACCGCGAAGCCACCGAGAGGCUCGGUCGCUUGUUGAGCUGUUCCUGUGCUAACUACUCUCAUCUCGCAUUUCUUUAUGCCUCUAUUAUCGGACAGAUUGUGCUUUGGUAUAGCCGUGAAGCCGGAUGCUCCAAGACAUCCUCACUAAGUCCUAUACCAAACGCGACAAUACGGCAUGGUAUGUCGCCUUCUUGCUCCUCUACUGGGUCGAUGUGCAGGUCACCAUCGUCCUGGCUAAGCAUAGGAGCUAGUACUGCGAAUACAAGUGUCAGCGGCUCGAGCACGCCAUCAGGGACGCGAAAUGCCGCAAAAGAUCUCGCUCCUACGCAGAUGACUAUGGGCUGCUUUAGCAUCGACGACCAGCUGGUGCAGGCCGCGUUAAGAAUUCAGUUAUUAUUAGGCGAGAUGAAAAGGGUCGGAUAUCUCAUUGACGUAUUCGCGUCCCGGAGUUCUACCCGUAUGGACGAAUCUACGUCGGGGAACAUAGAUGAUCUGUAUAAAAACUUGGGAUCGUGGCUAGGAAAAGAGCACUCGAAAAUAGUUGAGAUGAUGAGAGUAAGAUUGAGAGAUAUUAGCAUAUAA